GAGAAGACGAGAAACUUGCUGCUUCUUUGCUCGACGGGAAGUUUCCCCGGAGCACAUCCAUGCAAGACACUGUUAGGGAAGGACACGGGAUUCCACCGCCACCCCAGACAGCCCCACCUCCGCCUCCUUCUCCCUAUUACUUCGACACGGGCCCCCCUCCAUCCUUCUCGCCGCCCCCACCCCCAGGGAGAGCUUACGACACCAUCAGAUCAAGCUUUAAGCCCAGCCUGGAGGCCAAACUGCACGGCCUCCCGCAGGUCAUCAGCGCAGCCGAGAUGUACGACCAGGCCAGGACUUCCAUCCCUUACCCCGAGCGGCAGAAGAGGGCUCGAUCCAUGAUAAUCCUCCAGGAUUCCUCCCAUCUCCCCGUGGAGCCCACGGAGAUCCCCCGGCCCGGCCCGUCCGCCACCCCCCCGGAGAAGCUGAAGCGGAAGGGGAGGGUCAUCGACAACCCCUACGCCAACAUGGGGCAGUUCAACGUGAGCCUGUUCGCGCCCACCAAGCCGCAGAGGAAGAAGAGCCCCCUGGUGAAGCAGCUGCAGGUGGAGGACGCGCAGGAGCGGGCGGCGCUGGCCAUCACCGGGGGCUUCAGCAGGGAGCCCUCGCCCACCCGCCGGGGCCACCGCCUGGGCGGGGUGGAGUACCAGCACCACGCCGGCAUCGCUCAGGUCGAAGCCACGAGCAUCCCCUUCGCCACUGCCAUCGCUGGCGUCAUGAAGGACCGAGACCGUCGCCUGGAUGAGAGGCGGAAAUCCACUGUCUUCCUCUCGGUCGGGGCCAUCGAGGGGACGCCCCCCCCGCCCAGCGAGAUGCCGUCCCUGCAGCAGUCCAGGUCCAUCGAUGAGCGGUUGUUAGGAAGCCGAGAUGUUCUACUGCCUUCCCCCGUCUCAGCUUUAAAGCCAUUAAUUAGCAGCUCAUCCUCGACGUUCAUCCACCCCCUCACGGGAAAGCCCCUGGAUCCGAACUCCCCACUGGCGCUUGCGCUGGCCGCAAGGGAACGGGCCCUCUCCACCCAAGUCCCAUCCCGGUCGCCCACCCCGAUCCACAGCCCCGACUCGGACAGAGCAGCACCCCUGUUUGUGGACAUCCAAACCAAAGAACCAGAGAGGGGCGACUUGGAGAGCUUGGUGUCCCCCGCGUACUCCCCCGGAGGCAAAGCAGUGAUCGGAGCGAUCGGAGCAGACUCUGGGACUUUGGCCCCCGCCAAGAGCCCGUGGGGGACUCCGUCCACACUGAGGAAAGAGACCGAGGCCCGAGCGGAGACGCCGGGGAAGGAGGAGAAGAAACCGGAGGACAAGAAGUCCAUGAUCAUCAGCAUCGUGGACACGUCGCAGCAGAAGACCGCCGGCCUCAUCAUGGUCCACGCCACCAGUAAUGGCCAAGACGAGAUAGGACUUGAGAUAAAAGAGGAGACCCCGGCCGUCCCCGAAGCUUGCACGGAGCCGGCCGAGUCCCCCAAGGCAGAGCCCCAGCCCAGCCCCGUGGGGAAGCCCCCGGUCAGUCCCGCCGCCGACAAGACGCUGGGCCAGGGGAGCUCGGAGGAGGAGGUGGAGCCCUACACGGUCACGCUCCCGCCGGCCCAGCUGUCCUCGAGCGACGAGGAGACCAGGGAGGAGCUGGCCAAGAUAGGGCUGGUGCCCCCGCCCGACGAGUUUGCGAACGGGGUCCUGGUCACCACCCCCGGCACGCCCGUGAGCCACCUGGCUACGCCCAGCACGCCAUCCAUACCAGCGGCAGCAGUAGCACCUUCUACCACUGGCGGAACACCCUCAGGGAAGCCCUCCGAUGCCCCCGCAGCCCCGGAGUCCGCCGCGGACUCGGGAGUGGAAGAGGUGGACACCAGAAGUUCAAGCGACCAUCACCUGGAGACCACAAGCACCAUCUCCACGGUCUCCAGCAUGUCUACGUUGUCCUCAGAGAGCGGGGAGCCCACCGACACGUACACUUCCUUUGCGGAUGGACAAACUUUUAUACUCGAGAAGCCACCAGUGCCUCCAAAGCCAAAACUCAAGUCCCAGCUCAGCAAGGGGCCAGUUACUUUCAGGGACCCACUUUUGAAGCAGUCUUCGGACAGCGAGCUCAUCUCCCAGCAACAUGCGGCCACGCUGGCGUCCGCCAGCAUCGGCCGGCCACGCUACCUCUUUCAGAGAAGGUCCAAGCUAUGGGGGGACCCCAUGGAGAGCAGGCCCAUCCAUGGGGCUGACGAUGACAAGCCAACUGUGAUCAGUGAGCUAAGUUCCCGACUCCAGCAGCUGAACAAGGAUACGCGGUCGCUGGGGGAGGAACCGGCCGGGUCCACCUUAGAUCCCGGGAAGAAGUCGCCGGUGGUCGCGGCACGACUUUUCAGUAGUUUAGGAGAACUCAGCACCAUUUCCCAGCGGAGCUCCGGGACCACCUACACAGUCCGACCUGGCAGUCGCUACCCCGUCACCCGCCGCACCCCCAGCCCCGUGAAGCCGGCUCUGGACCGGACAGAGCCCCUCAGCACCGUCCGGCCCUACGGCCUGACCCCCCCCACCAUCCUCAAAUCUUCCAGCCUCUCCAUCCCCCACGAGCCCAAGGAGGUGCGUUUCGUGGUGCGGAGCGUGAGCGCCCGGAGCCGCUCCCCGUCCCCGUCGCCGUCGCCGGGGCCGCCCCUGCACACCCUGCACCCGCCGCGGCCCUUCAUGCAGAAACCCCUCCACCUGUGGAACAAGUACGACGUCGGGGACUGGCUGGAAAGCAUCAACCUGGUGGAGCACCGCGACAAGUUCGAGGACCACGAGAUCGAGGGCACUCACCUGCCCGCCCUCACCAAGGAGGACUUCGUGGAGUUGGGGGUGACCCGUGUGGGGCACCGGAUGAACAUUGAGCGGGCGCUCAAGCAGCUGGUGGACAGCUGACCGUCCCCGGCAGCGCCGGCCUCGCCGGAGCCGCCGCGGGAAGGGGGGGCGUUUCUACCAGGCCAAUAAAACCCACUUGGAUUCUC